AUGAUACAAAAGUUGGAUUAGACAUAGGUCCAAAAUCAGAUCCUAAUUUAAUUUUAUGUAUAUCAAGAUUUGCAAAAUUUUGUUAAUUUAUUAUAUUCGUUAAAAGAAGUCAAUGAUUUUUUUAAAGAAUAAAAAAAUCAUGCCAUGGUUAAAUUAUGUAGAAACAAAGUAAUUUUAUAAAUGAAUUUGUCAAAUUGUAUUCAUUAUGACUUAACAUAAUAAAAUGGAUCAUCUGGAAUAUUAUUAGAUGAGAAAAAAAAUGCUGCGAGUUUAUUGAAACAGUUAGAGCCCGAAUUAGAAGAAUUUUAAUUAUAUAUUUAAUGGUAUUAAACUAAUUGUUUGAAUAAAAAUGUUAAUUUAAAACAAUAACACUUAGAAGAUAUAUAAAUUGUUGCUAACUUUAAUUAAAAUGUUUUAUCACAAAUCAUUCCUGCAAUUAAUUCUAUAGAUGAGCAAGUAAAAAAUUUAUAGGGUCAAAAAUAAUUUAUAACUCCUAGUAUAAAUUAAAUUAGAGAAAAAGCAAUGUAUUAGUAAUUCUUAUAUUUAGCAAAUUUAAAGAUCACACAAAAGAAAGUUUAGGGAAGAAUUUUCCUCCUAAAGAAACUUAGAUUGAGUAGGUAGUUUAAGAAAACAUAUUUAUUGCUUAUGAAAAAUCAAUAAUAAAAAAUUUCUAAAAAUUUGAACAAUACCAAAAAAAGUAAUAUGAAAAUAUUAAAUAAUACAUAAAUAGUUUAAAGGAAUCUUAAAAAGCAGAUGAAAAAUUUGCAUACCAAUUAUUUUAUCGUAAAAAAGUUCUUGAAUUUCAUCCUUAAUAUUAUAAAUUUUAUUUGUUUGGAUUUUUUUUAAGUUUUAUGGUAGAUAAUAAUAAGAUUGAAAAAAAAGAAGAUUAAUUUUUUUAAUUUUACUUAAAUAAAACCAACUCAGAAAAAAAUUAAUUUAAUUAUAAUCAUUUUGUGUAAUAUCUAUAUACGAUUCAAGAAAAAAUAGUUAAUGCAAAUUUUCAAUCUUAUUGUGAUUAUUACAAAAAAUCAUAAUAAUGA